CCUAUUGUGUUUAUUCCUAAAUUAUCGCUAAACAAGUUUAAUUGCAAGUUUAACAUUGAAUAUUUAAGUAAUAGUUUUGUAUACUCACACAAAACGUUACGUUCCAUUGAGAAAUUUUGUAACUCAGUGGAACAAAUUGUAACUCAAUGUAAGGGUAAAGGCGCGAUACAUACAAUAAAGUUUUACAAAAAUGGCUUUGACACCAGCAGAACGUAUGAAGAGGUAUCGAGAACGACUAAAACUAAAUCCAGAAAAAUUGGAAAGUAUUAAAAAGAAACACGCUGAAUAUGUAAAAUCUAAAAGCAAAACAGUUAAAGAUCUGACGGAGAAGGAAAAGGAAAAACAACGAAAAAUUUGGAGAAAUCAGAAACGUAAGCAAAAACAAAAGAAAAAACAGCUUUUAGUUCAGGAAGAAAAAGGUACUAAGAAACAAAAAAUAGCAAACCAAAGUAAAUUGAUUAAGAAUUAUAAGACUGCUUUAAAAAGAAACCAAAAAUUGACAAAACUAGUAAAUACCUAUAAAAAAAGACUUUACCGUUUAAAAAUUUCAACAGAAAAAAAAAUUCAGACGCUUGAAAAAGACAACUUAAAAUUGAAAGCAAGAACAGAACUUUUAGAAUUAACUUUAAAAACUUCUUAUAAACAAUGUCAAACCGUAAAAGAAAAACAAACAUUAAAAAAUGUUGUUCUAAAGGAGAAUAUCCAGAGCAUAAUUAAAAAAGACUUUCGUGUCGAAGCUGCUAGGAUUAAAAGGAAUGGUAAGAAUAACAAAUAA